CAACCAUGGCGGAAGCGGCCGUCGGUCUUGGCAUCAGCGUGUUCGCCCUCUCUUCUCUCUUCAACAAUGUCAUCGACAGCUAUCAAUAUGUUCGCCUGGGAAAGCAGUACGCCAGAGAUUUUGCAACAAAUCAGACCAAGCUAGACCUUUCCAGGCUUCAGCUCUCACGUUGGGGUGAAGCGCUUCAUCUGGACACGCCCCUGAACGAGAUCAAGUCUCUGCCAGUGACUCUUGCCUCUCCAGACGGGAUUGAUCAGGCACAAUCUACACUCGGACAAAUCUUGGACCUGCUUGAGGUUUACCAGAAUUCAUCGGCAAAAUACGCCGCUCGUAACGCGCCCGAGGCUGAUGAUACGUUGGAUCCGUCGGGCCUGACUUUGCACCAGAGAGUCCACAAGCUCAUCAGCCAACGACAACGCCAAACACGCCUGAAGACCAAGACAGCAUGGGCUUUGUACGGGAAAGACGAUCUCACCCGUCUGGUUGGAGAUAUCACGGAAUUGACAUCCAAGCUUGUAGAAUUGUUUCCAACCGCCAAACCCCGCCAACUUGAGCUUGCUAGGACUGAGGUCAAUGAGAUCGAGGAAGGAAUUCAAAGUCUCUCGCUUGUGCAUGGUGUUGCACAGUACCAGGACAAAAUCUUUUUUGACGCCGUCAAAGCGGCCAUGUUGGCGCGUGGACAUACGUUUUCCCAGCCGCAUGCACGCGAUGGAGCCUCUCAACACAACGGAGACAAUGUUGAUCAAGAGUACAGGGGACCGACGGGAGGGCUUUCAUACGUUUUCGACAGGCCUGUUGCCGAAGGACAGGGCACCUUUCAACACAACGGGGUCAACUAUGGCGGCACAGUGUAUAGAUAAAGGCACGUACAUCAGACCCCCAGACCAGAGGAAUGUGUUCUUGCAGAUUGCGAUUCUGUGAGAACUGGUAAACAGUAUGUAGAGAGGUGUUUCUACCAAACGAUAUUAGAGUUUCGCCGCAGCCCUGUUCACUCCCGAGUCAUGUUG